CAAACUAUUACUAACAUACCAUCUAUACAAUGUCAAACUAUUACUAACAUACCAUCUUCACAAUGUCAAACUAUUACUAACAUACUAUCUUCACAAUGUCAAACUAUUACUAACAUACUAUCUUCACAAUGUCAAACUAUUACUAACAUACCAUCUAUACAAUGUCAAACUAUUACUAACAUACCAUCUUCACAAUGUCAAACUAUUACUAACAUACUAUCUUCACAAUGUCAAACUAUUACUAACAUACUAUCUUCACAAUGUCAAACUAUUACUAACAUACCAUCUAUACAAUGUCAAACUAUUACUAACAUACCAUCUUCACAAUGUCAAACUAUUACUAACAUACCAUCUUCACAAUGUCAAACUAUUACUAACAUACCAUCUUCACAAUGUCAAACUACUUCUUCUUACAAAAUAUCUUGA